AUGAGAAUGUCCUCCAUUUGUUCCAGAAUACCCUGGUCUUGGGUCCACAUUGGUUUGGUUCUGUUCCUCCUGAAAUGGUGGGACCUGUUCAAAGAUGACGCCAAAGCUCCCCUAUGUUUCGAAAGUUCUCCUGCUCUAGCUUCUCAUUCUUGGGUUUGCAAGAACUUGAGCCGUUCGUUCCCAUCUAGUGAAGUGAGAAACAGUCCAGUCAAGUGGGCUGACUGGAUUGACAGGCUUCUUCCCCAGUUUGGGGCUCACUGGAAGUGGGCUGGUAUUUAUGACAUCAUCUUUCUGUCUAAACAGUCCAUCAACAGGGACGAAAAUCUCUUGGCUGCAGCUCUCUGCUUCUGGAAUUCUGCCAGCAAUACCUUCGAUUUUCGUGUGGGCCCGAUGUCGCCAACCCUACUAGAUAUGGCUCAGAUCUUUGGAUUUAUGCCCCAUGGAAGACCUGUUGAUGCUAUUGGGGACUAUCAUCGAAGGAAAAACCAAGAGAAGCUGUCCAAGCCUUUCACCAUUUCUCCAGCCGUGAUCAACCAGAACUAUUCUUUCUCCAAUUAUCUGAGUAAGUUCAGUGUUGAGAAGGACAAGGAUCAGCAACACAUGUUGUUCCUCUUGUACUGGCUGAACAGGUUCGUUUUCCCAAAUCGUUCCUCAGCAGUUCUGCUUGAGUACAGACACCUGGCAGAGGCUUUACCUAAUCACACUAACGUCGGACUUGGGCCUACUGUUCUGGCUCAUUUGUUCAAGAAUUUGCACACUGCCACCCUGGCGAAUCCUCUCAAUCUGUCUGCCCAUGGCACGUUCUGGAUGAUCCAAAUCUGGCUGCAAGUUUAUUUCCCGAAACUGAGGUUUCUGAAUAUAGUUCUCCCUGAAGACCAAGUUCUAGCCCUACCUCUAAUGUCAGCAGAAGUGCCCAAGAGAUCGAUUGACAAGUACCUGAUGUUCUUCAGACAUUGUACCUGA